AUGGCGAGUCGCGGCGGCAGCAAGCCCGGCAGGGAGAGCAAGGGCGAGAAGGGCAACAAGGACCUCGCCGUGACCGCCGCCGCGAUUGACGCGGCGAUGGAGACGCCGCUUUUGGCGGAGGAGGAGGAGGACGAGCUGGAGAUGGCGAAGGCGUGGAAGGCGGUGGAGGCGGUGCGGGUCAGCGCGGAUCUGCCGGCGGCGGCGAAGCAGCUCAUCACGCUGCUGCGCCGCGUCGACCAGAACGGCCGGCUGUACGCCGGGCCGGCCGUUAAGGACGCCAUUAGGAGGUACGAGCAGUGCUGGCUGCGCAUGGCGUACGGGCAGACGGACGACGUCAUGCGGACUCUACAGCCGCCGCUGGACGUGCAGUGGGUGUGGCUUGUGCACCGCCUCAACCCGGUACGUGUCUCCUGCUCCUCCCUCCUUCCUUUCUUGUGCCACCAAAUCACAUGCUCUUUGCUCGCUGCAACCACUGCUGGACGUGCAGUGGGUGUGGCUCGUGCACCGCCUCAACCCCGUACGUGUCUCCUGCUCCUCCCUCCUUCCUUUCUUGUGCCACCAAAUCACAUGCUCUUUGCUCGCUGCAACCACUGCUGGACGUGCAGUGGGUGUGGCUUGUGCACCGCCUCAACCCCGUACGUGUCUCCUGCUCCUCCCUCCUUCCUUUCUUGUGCCACCAAAUCACAUGCUCUUUGCUCGCUGCAACCACUGCUGGACGUGCAGUGGGUGUGGCUCGUGCACCGCCUCAACCCCGUACGUGUCUCCUGCUCCUCCCUCCUUCCUUUCUUGUGCCACCAAAUCACAUGCUCUUUGCUCGCUGCAACCACUGCUGGACGUGCAGUGGGUGUGGCUUGUGCACCGCCUCAACCCCGUACGUGUCUCCUGCUCCUCCCUCCUUCCUUUCUUGUGCCACCAAAUCACAUGCUCUUUGCUCGCUGCAACCACUGCUGGACGUGCAGUGGGUGUGGCUCGUGCACCGCCUCAACCCGGUACGUGCUCCGUGCUCCCCGCUCCCCCCGUGCCUUUUCCCGCUCUGCUUCCCUGUCCCGUUUGUUCCCCCCUCCCCGUUUCUACAUGCCACUGGCUGGAAAAGCCUCUGUCCAUCCGCCCAGCCUCCAUGCGCCCUCCACCCCUCCUGCCCUCCUAUCCCAGGAGGCGUAUGCAGAGGACUGCAGCACCAUUCUGGGCCGCCUGUUAGACGGGGCGAUAUUCGACCCGGAUGACGACGAUGUGGGCAGUGAGAGCGCGCGGGGGGAGGCAGCAGCCACUGCCGCGUGCAGGGCGCUUUGGGAGGAGCUCUUCCCCUUGGAGCCCUACGACCCCCCUGCUCUUGCUGCUCCUGCUGUUGCCGCUCCUGCUGCUGGGGAUGAUGAUGUUGCAGGUGCGGCUGGUGCUGGGGAGGAGAGGGACGAGGGGAGUGGUGCAGCGGAAGGAGACGGUGCAGCAGCUACAGCUGAUGAUGCUGCUGCUGCUGCUGGUGAUGGUGGGGGUGAUGGGGCGGAGAGGCAGGGGAAUGGAGCAGCAGCAGCGCCAGAUGCAGCAGCAGCGGCAGUGGUGCCACCAGCUCUGCCCCCCUCCCUCCCUUCGGAGCUAACUUAUGACCUCGAGGCCGCAAUAGCGCGCCAGAGCAGCUUCUUCUACCAGGUGGACCGGCCGUGGAUGCUAGAGAGGCAGUACCUACAGGGCUCGCUGCAGCGCUACCGCAUGUUCCUUAACCUCGUCAUGCUCAACCGAGGGGCGUUCCUCACCCCCACCUAUGACAUCGACCUGCUGUGGCACGCUCACAUGAUGUGUGUAGCAGCAUACACCAAGGACAGUGACUGGCUGCUCAGCCGCCUGCUAGGCCACGACGAUUCCGAUGCCAUGCCAGUGGCAGCAGCCACAGCAGCAGCCUCUUCUACCUCCAACACAAUCGACAGCAACACUCGCAAGCGCCUCGAGUGGGCCUACCGAGCCACCGCGCAGCUCUGGGACCGAACCUACGGCUCCCCGUUCGACCGCGCCGGAGCUAUGUUCCGAGGCCCGGCGCCCGUGCCUAUCCCGCCGCCGCCGCUCGUGGCGCCGAGACGGGUCUUGCCUCUGGAAGGAGGGGAGGGGGAGUUUACGGUUGCAGAGUUGAAUGCAGGGAGAGGGUUGGAGCCGCGGAUGACUGUAGAGGUGGAUUUCAUGGUCUGGGGUUUGCUCAAUUUCCAUCCCGACAAGCCCGAGAAUCUCUUUCUCAUGAUCCGGACGAAACGCGCCGCCCACGAUUUCUCGCUGCGCACGCGCUCGCUGCCCGCCCGCCCGGGCUGCCGCCCGCCAGCCUGGCGGCAACGGUGGGCGCUGGAAGCUGAGGUGGCAACAGGAGGAUUGCAAUUUGAAUUAAGAGCUGAAUCAGGGACUUUCUGGGGGGGGUUGUGGGGUCCGAGAUUGGUGGGGAGUGGAGGUAUUACCUGGGAGGAGGUGUUAUCCCGCCCGGCUCUACUGGUUGAUAGACAGGUGGCGCUGGCCCCUGUUGAUCUGCUCACUGCUGUGGGGAUCAGAGGGGAGGCGGAUGGGGGCGCAGGGGGAACGGGAGGGGGAGGGGGGAAUAAAGCAGCAGGCGGGUCGGGGGGAGCCGAUGGAUCGGGGGGAGGCGGGGGGACAGGGGGGGGAGCGGGGGCGCUGGUGGUGAGUGGGGGAGGGGGGAAGGCAAGUGAGUUGCCGCGGGUGCAUGUGGCGGUGUCGCUCACCCCCCCCACAGCGGCGCCUUACCUGCUGCGGACGGUGUUCAUGAGAGGCACGGAUGACAACGGUUCCAUGAUCUGCGAAGAAAUUGCCGUGCAGCGCGACUUUCGUCCCCAGGUGGGUGAAGGUGCGAGGUGGGUUGGUGAGGUGUGGGUGCGAGCUCAUGUGAGUACGGGCGAUGGGGAUUGCGCACGGGACAACCACGAGGACAAGGAGGCAGCUCUCUUUCUUCUGUCAACGCUUGUCUUCUGGUUCUCCCACCUCCCUCCGCUCCACCCUUUCUCCCCCAUCAGUACGGGUGGUGGGGGUUGCGCAUGGGGUACAACCACGAGGACAAGGAGUGCCCUCCCUUACACCAGCUCUCUUUCUCCAAUCUCUUGUUCUCUCACCUUCCUCCGCCCCCACCCUUUCUUCCCCCACCAGUACGGGCGGUGGGGGUCACGCACGGUAUACAACCACGAGGACAAGGAGGUGUUUGUCAUCCGCAAGAGGGUGGCCAAGGGCACGUGGCAUGCUCGCUAUCGGCCCAUUCCUGUGGAGCCAAAAGAAAAAGUCAUUCUGUUGCACCAGGGUGGGUGGCGUUAUAUCGAGACCGACCCUGUCCCCCUACCCGAGCCAGAGCCGCCGCACCUGCGGGUGGGGGUGGUUCGGGGGCCAGUGGUGGCGCAGGCGGUGCCACAGGCGUCGGAUGACUAUGAUCAAAUCCAACGGUUCUGCUUGCUCGACUGCCUUCCCAACGGCCGCACCGCCACUGUCACCAUCGAGCGCCGACGCGACGCCACGAUAUUCAUACAGGGGAUACAGCUGACACUAGAGGAGGAGGGGAACAGUCGGGUGCUGCUCCUGCCAGGUCGUCACCACAAGUACAAGGUACCAGGAGCCCCUUCAGUAGAAGACCUGGGCUUCGCCACGCUCAUCCGCUUCCCCCCAGACGCCCCUCACGGCCGCGCCACGGCCCUACUCAACUGGAAGGGAGCAGCCAUGGAGGUAGCACCAGACGAAUCCGUGCCCCUCGUGCUGCUGCUCUGCACCUGCCUCUCUGAGGCUAUCAAUGACAUGGCGGGAAUCAACCGCGUCAGAAGGUUCCGGCGCCUGCCAUUGGCCGAUCCCGAUCCAGCCAAUCACUGGGGCGCGCUGAGCAUAUCAAGGGAUACCGUCGGCGGGGCGGCAGCAGCGGCGGCGGCUAAGAAUGGGGAGGAGGAGUUUUCGUUUUCGAGUGUGGAGAUGAGUCGGCAGAAGUGGUGGAAUAGGAGGCCGCUGCGGUUUGCAGUGGGGGCUGGGAGCUGUGGUGCUGGUGCCUGUGGUCCGAGCUGCACUGGCCCUGUUGAUAUCUUCAGUGGGUGA